AUGCGUGCCUCCUUCGUUCUCAUGGCCUUUGCGGCCCUCGCCGUUGCUCAGGAGUCUAGCAGCUCUGAGACCACUGCUACCGACAGCUCUGUUGAAACCAGCGCUACCCCCACCGACACUGUCAUCUCUUCCAGCGAUGGUCCUAUUUCUACCGGCUCUCAGCCCGUUAUCCCGACCGGCACUUCUGGUCAAUCCACCUCUGCCCCCGGCGGCUCUUCUUCUGGAAUCUCUAGCAGCGCUAGCCCAUCUAGCACCAAGACUUCGUCAACCUCAGACGAGGACUCCACAUCGACUGCGACUGCAACCGAGACCGAGAUUGCUUCGUCAUCGGGCUCCGGUUCAGGCAGCGAAGAGACCAACUCUGACAACGGUGCCUUCGCUCUUCCAACUUCUGGCCCUCUCCUCGGUGCCGGUCUCGCUGGCGCUGCUCUCGCUGCUUUCAUCUAA